AGCAAAAUAUUCAAAAUUUAUAGUCUAAAAUUAUGGCCGAUCAGGCGCCUGUUUUGCAAUCAAAUAGUUCCUUCUCCUUGACAAACUUGGCUUCCCUUUCGAAACGGAGGAAACGCAAAUGGCGACACUAUUUCAAACUGAUCGAUUUGUACAAGAAGAACGAAUGCCUCUGGAUGGAGAAUCACAAGGACUUUUGCAACUUUGCACUAAAGGAGGAUAUCUGGGAAAAGAUCGCCAUUCAAAUGACAAAUCGUGCACAUCCGAAUCCAGUGCCAGAGAAGUGGAAGCGUCUUGUGGUCAGAUGGCGCUAUAAAGUGCAACUGGAGCAGCUGCACAAGGAGCAGGCUAGAUUUUAUAACAAAAUCGAUGUGCUGCCACCAAAACUGCGGUAUUCGGAUCAAUUUCAGUUUCUAUUGAAACACAUGUUCGAUAGAAAUAAGUCAGCUAAGAAAGUUGUACAGGUCUCAGCGCCUGAAACAGAUGCCGGUGCAGCUGCUGUGUCCAAGGUGAGUCUUUCAGCGAAAUAUAUGCGAUUAGGCCGUACCAAAAACAAGAAUCGCACCUCCUUUGGCAACAAGCUGCAAUCAUUGGAAAGCCUGAGAAAUAAACGACGUAGCACGCUCACCCUGACUCCGGAAGCUUUUCAAAAGCUGCCCUAAAAUGUGGCAACACUAAAAACGAGAAAUAAACGGGUCUAUGCAAAA